GAGCGAGGAAAUUUCUUGCUCAGACAAGCAACCAUCAACUCGCACACCCACUCUUUUCUCAAGCAAAAGCUCCCUCUACCGCAGGUGAGAGAGACUUUUCACACACAUAUAUAUACAGACACAGAGCCCGACUCCACCAAUACCAUCUACUCUCUCUCUCUCUCUCUCUCUGGCUCAUGCAAACCACUGUUGGCUAGGGUUUAAUUGCCUAUCAUCGCCAUGGCUUUUCACGCCAAGAAGCUCAUCAACGACCCCAAUGAUGUGGUGACUGAGUUCAUCGAGGGUCUUGUUGAAACAUAUCCUGGGCUGCAGUACUUAGAUGGUUUCCCUCAGGUGAAGGUUGUGUUGCGUGCUGAUGUCUCCGGUGGUACAUAUGACAAAGUUGCUGUUAUAUCAGGUGGUGGAAGUGGGCAUGAGCCUGCACAUGCUGGAUUUGUGGGGGAAGGGAUGCUGACAGCAGCUAUAUGUGGGGAUGUUUUUGCCUCACCACCGGUUGAUUCAGUUCUAGCAGGCAUCCGAGCUGUAACUGGUCCUAUGGGUUGCCUUCUGAUUGUCAAGAAUUAUACUGGGGACCGUUUAAAUUUUGGUUUAGCUGCAGAGCAAGCAAAAUCAGAAGGUUAUAAAGUAGAGACUGUAAUUGUUGGAGAUGAUUGUGCAUUACCCCCACCUCGAGGCAUAGCUGGUCGAAGGGGUUUGGCCGGGACCAUUCUUAUUCAUAAGAUUUCUGGAGCUGCUGCUGCCGCUGGCCUUUCACUUGCUGAUGUUGCCACAGAAGCAAGGCGUGCAUCUGAAAUGGUUGGAACAAUGGGUGUUGCAUUAUCUGUUUGCACAUUGCCUGGUCGGGUUACACCGGACCGUGUGGGUCCAGGAAAGAUGGAACUUGGUCUUGGAAUUCAUGGAGAACCUGGUGCUGCUGUAGCUGACCUUCAACCCGUGGAUGUGAUAGUUUCUCAUGUUCUUAAGCAGAUUUUGUCGCCAGAAACUAACUAUGUUCCAAUUACUCGAGGUAGUAGAGUUGUGCUUAUGGUCAACGGGUUAGGUGCAACUCCUGUAAUGGAACUGAUGAUUGCAUCCGGUAAAGCAGUUCCUAAGUUGCAGCUGGAACAUGGAUUGGCUGUUGAUAGAGUAUAUACUGGGUCAUUUAUGACUUCUCUUGAUAUGGCAGGUUUUUCGAUUUCUAUCAUGAAGGCUGAUCAAGCUAUUUUGCAACGUCUGGAUGCUGCAACAAAGGCUCCACAUUGGCCUGUUGGUGUUGAUGGCAAUCACCCACCUGCAAAGAUUCCUGUUCCGUUGCCUCCAUCUCGCUCAACAAAGAGUGAUGAGUCAUUAGGUCGGCCAGCACAACUGAAUGCACAAGGCCAGAUUCUUGAGGUGGCUAUUGAAGCAGCUGCACAUGCUGUGAAAAAACUUAGGGACAAUUUGAAUGAAUGGGAUAGCAAAGUAGGUGAUGGUGACUGUGGGUCAACCAUGUAUAGAGGUGCGGCAGCAGUUUUGGAAGACAUGCAAAAUUAUCCCCUGAAUGAUGCAACCGAAACAGUGAAUGAAAUUGGAUCAUCUGUCAGAAGAGUUAUGGGCGGCACAAGCGGGAUCCUAUAUACCAUAUUUUGCAAGGCAGCCUAUGCACAGUUGAAAGCAAGCACCCAAGGAGUUGUCACAUCAAAAAAUUGGGCUGAAGCGCUUGAAGCUUCCAUUGCUGCUGUCAGUAAAUAUGGUGGGGCUAGUGCUGGUUACCGGACAUUGUUAGAUGCCCUUAUUCCAGCAUCAGCAGUUCUUCAGGAGAGGUUAAAGGCUGGUGAUGAUCCUGCGACUGCUUUUCUUCUCUCAUCUGAAGCAGCACUGGAAGGAGCUGAGUCAACGAAGCACAUGCAGGCACAGGCUGGCCGAUCAAGUUAUAUAUCUGGGGAGAUACUUGCCUCGGUCCCAGACCCAGGUGCAAUGGCGGCAGCAUCGUGGUACAGAGCAGCAGCCUUAGCUGUCAAGUACAAAUACCAGACACCUUCAUAGAGCAAUGCGUUAGAGCUGUUGUUGCAUUUCUGCCAUUUUUAACUGCAGAUACAUACAUGCAUACAUACAGACAGCCAACUAAUUUUUGUUCAUAUUUUUGCACCACUAACAAUUUGGGCUUUCCGCUUAUGCAUUUUGUGCGUAAUGCUGAGAGAGCGAGUUUCAUCCAUAUGAUAAUGAUACCAUGUCUGCCUUGAUAUCUGUUUAGAAAUAUGUAAAUUUCAAAUAUUGAUAUUUGAUAGCAUUCAGAAUCCGAAUAAUGUGCAUCAAUAUCGAUCUAAGCGCGCAUGUGGUUGUACGUUCAUUUGUAAGCAGCCAUUUGUUUCAAACGCUCAACUUGUUUUUUAUUUUUUAAUGAUUUCUCGUGAAC